AUGGCAGCAGGAGCUGAGCGAGCAGCGGGCACCGCAGGAGGGAAGGCGGCCGGGGACCAGCCAGACCGGCUCUCCCCGCGAGUAUUGUCAGAAAAGCCAACAACUUUCACAAUCACUGUGACAUCUGAAGCUGGAGAAAAUGAUGAAACUGUCCAAACAACCCUUAAAUUUACCUAUAGAGAAAAAUACCCUGAUGAAACUCCACUAUAUGAAAUUGUCUCACAGGAGAAUCUUGACGAUAAUGAUGUCAUGGACAUAAUAAAACUGCUAGAGCAGCAGGCAGAAGAAAAUUUAGGAAUGGUAAUGAUCUUCACUCUAGUCUCAGCAGUACAGGAGAAAUUAAAUGAAAUAGUGGAUCAAAUAAAAACACGAAGAGAAGAAGAGAAGAAACAGAAAGAAAGAGAAGCAGAAGAAGAAGAGAAACAACGUUUUCAUGGCACUCCUGUUACCAUAGAGAAUUUCCUUAAUUGGAAAGCCAAGUUUGAUGCAGAGCUUCUAGAAAUAAAAAGGAAAAAGAUGAAAGAAGAAGAACAAGCGGGCAAAAAUAAGCUAAGUGGUAAACAGCUGUUUGAAAUGGAUCACAACCUAGACACCUCUGACAUCCAGUUCUUAGAGGAAGCUGGAAACAAUGUGGAGGUUGAUGAAUCUUUAUUCCAAGAAAUGGAUGAUUUAGAGUUGGACGAUGAAGAGGAUGACCCUGACUACAAUCCUGUUAAUUUAGAUAGUGAUUAGCUUCUUUGAGCUGAUUCUGUCAUCAGUAUGGACAUAUGUAAGGAGAGAGGGGCAGGCAGGAAAGCCACAGCAUCUGUGGUUUUAGUAAUGUUUAUUGUUUUUCUUUUCUCUUAAUUUUUUUUCCAAGAAAAAAAACAACAUAUUUUAAAUCCAGGAGAAUGGUCUUCUGAUGACUUUCACUAUAAAUAAAUUUACUUUAAUAUUUCAAAUGAAAAAUUGGAGAAAUAUUGAUCUGUCUGAAAACGCUUUUCUAUUUUCUCUUAAAUUUUUUUCCUCCCUACUUCUGUAAUUGUUCUUUGAAGAAAUGUGGCAACUUGUGAGACAGAAGGGUGUUACAGCAAGCACUAAACACACCUGCAUCUGAAUGCUGAGCAGCUGUUCUGCUGUCUUCCACCUGGGAUAAACAUGGGCAGCUCUGGUGAAUAAAAGGGAUCACAUACUA